AUGCCGCGCAAGCACGCGCCGGCGUUCACGCCGGAGGCGGCCACCGCCUCAGCGUCAGUCGGGGCUGGCCAGCCGCAUAACCUCCCCGUGCUUCAGGCGAAGAUGAAGCGCGACCCGGAGGGCUACGAGGAGGAGCUCCGCCAGCUCCACCGCCACUUCGAGUCCUCGGUGUUUCUCUUCCAGCAGCAGGCGGCGCUGGCUACGACCUCGUCCUCGGGAGGUGGCGGGGAGGUGGCCAAGGAGCUCGGGGACCUCGCCCUGUUCCUCGCCCACGUCGCGCCUUUCUACCCGGACGACCUCGCCGAUUUGCCCGACCAGAUUGGGGGUUUGCUCGACACCAACGCGCGCGGGCUGCCGCCGGGGCUCCGGGCUCACCUCGUGCAGGCGCUUAUACUGCUGGUGAAUCGGAAGAUUGUUGAUCUUGAGGACACAAUGGAGUUAUUCAUAGAGCUUCAAGUUAUUGGAGACCGAGCUGUAAAAAAGCUAGCAUUUUCGCAUAUUGUACACAGUAUCAGGAGGAUGAACCAGAACCACAAGAAUGAAUCGACGAAUCGUAAAUUGCAAAACAUCCUUUUUAAAUUCUUACAGGCUGAAGAAGAGUCACGAGCAAAGAGAGCAUUUACUAUCCUGUGCGAUCUUCACCGUCGGAGGGUCUGGUUUGAUGAACGCACAACAAAUGCAAUAUGCGAUGCUUGUUUCCACCCUUCCUCUAGGAUUAUGAUAGCUGCUAUUUCAUUCCUUCUUGGAUAUGAAAAUGCUCCACAAGAGGAUGUCAGCGACGCAUCAAGCAGUGAAGAUGAAGCAGACCAAAACCCACAAAUUCUUCUUAGUGAACAGGAUGUUUAUAAGGCAAAUCACAAGGGUACAGCUGCUAGUAAGAAAAAGAAGAAAGCUAAAUUGCAGCGUGUCAUUCGUAGCAUGAAAAGGCAACAGCAGAAAUCUGUUGAGGAGACUGGUUCCAGUUUCUAUUCACCCCUGACAUAUUUAAAGAAUGCCCAGGGUUUUGCUGAGAAGCUUUUCUCUCGUCUGCAGAAGUGCAAUGAGCGAUUUGAGGUAAGGAUGAUGAUGCUAAAAGUAAUUGCGAGGACUAUUGGGCUACAUCACUUGGUUUUGUUGAACUUCUACCCAUAUCUUCAAAGAUACGUUCAACCUCAUCAACGAGAUGUGACGAUUCUACUCGCUGCAGCAGUUCAGGCUUGCCAUGAUAUGGUACCUCCAGAUGCUGUUGAACCACUGUUCAAGCAGAUAGUAAAUCAGUUUGUGCAUGACCGUUCUCGCCCAGAGGCAAUUGCUGUUGGCUUAAAUGUUGUGAGAGAGAUCUGCAUGAGAAUGCCUUUGAUGAUGAAUGAGGAUCUGCUCCAAGACCUCGUUUUAUACAAAAAGUCCCAUGAGAAAGCUGUUUCCAUUGCUGCUCGUUCGCUGAUCACAUUGUUCAGAGAGAUCUGCCCUUCGUUGUUAGUCAAGAAAGAUCGUGGCCGUCCUGUGGAUCCAAAGGCUCGGCCCAAAGCAUUUGGAGAAGUCACUGUUGCUAGCAACGUGCCUGGUGCCGAGUUGCUAGAUGAAAAUAUUUCUUCAGAAGGGGAAGGCUCUGACGAUGAGUCUGAUGCUUUUGAUUCCGAUGAUGACAUGGACUUGGCAUCUGCCCCUACUGGAACAGAAGAAAAUAUGGAGGGUUUAUCUGUUGCAAACAAACAUGAUGCAGACGGAGAUACUAAAGAGGAAGAUGAAGCAUCUGAUGAUGAAGAUGGUACAGGUCAAGAUGACUCCAACAAUGAUAGUGAUGAACUAGAUGAUGACUCUGACAUGGAUGCUGAUACUGAUAUAUCUGAUGAAGACGAAGAUGAUGAUGAUGAUGAACUGAAAGAAAGCAUAAAUGAUUCAGAGGAUCAAGCUUCAGACCAGGAUGAAGACAGCGAUGAGGAAGACAAGUCAAAAGGCAGUGGCUCUAAAGUGGAGAAGAGGAAGUUAAGUGAUUAUAUUGGAGAGCUAAAUGCUGCUGAUGCAAGCCUUCGAGCUCUGAAGAGGUUAGCAACUGCCAAGAAGGCUGAAGUUUCAUCUGAUGAAACUGGUAAAAUUCUAUCUGAUGAAGAUUUUAAACGCAUCAAAGAACUCAAGGCGAAGAAGGAGGCAAAGCUGGCUUUGGCUCAACGUGGACUAAUCAAGGGUGGUGACACGAGAUCUGUAACCUUUAAGAUGCCAUCUUCUGAUCAGCUCAGUAGGAAGCGCGUUGAUCCACUUGAGCUUGAGGCACAUGUCAGGAGAAAGAUGUCGAAAGAAGAAAGGUUAGCAUUAGUGAAAGCUGGGAGAGAGGAUAGAGGUCCAUACAUGGCAAGGACGGCUGUGAAACAGAAAAAGACCGGUGGCCUGAGCAAUAAGCAGAAGCAGCACAAGAAGAGGAUGCCCCUGGCAGCUACUAGAGCCAAGGCAGCACGUUCUCGGCAGGAGAAGCAGCAGCAGCGCAAGCGCUCCGGGAAUCAGUUCAGGGGCCGCAAGGCGUGGAAAUGA